AUGGUGUCAGUGAAGCAAGAUCUUGAUGAAGCCAACAAACUCUUUGCAUUAAAAAGAUACGACUCUGCUUCUGACUUGAUAGCUUCAGCGCUUGAAUCUUUGCGUGACACAUUCGGUGAGGACGCACCUGAACUUGCACCUAUCCUGCAUAUUUAUGGUCGCGCGUUGCUUGAGCAUGCCAUUUCUGUUUCAGGUGCACUUGGUGGCGGCGGCACGAUCGGAAGUACUGAAGAUGCUGAGCCUACAACGGCUCCUGAAAUGAUUAGUGGCGCACGUCCUGAAGAUGAAAUGCAUGGAGAUGAUAAUGGGCUCCGUGAGCAAAAUGCAGCAGCAAGAAAGCGUAAGGUCGCUGAUGAAGGCAACUUCGAUGCGAAUAAAGAAGAAGAAGAAGAAGAAGAUGAUGAUUUGGGUAUUGCUUUCACCGUGCUCGAUUUAUCCCGUGUCAUCUUUGAAAAAUUAUUGGAUGGAUCUCAUACCCAAGAGUCUCAUCAGGAAUCAAAAGGAAAAGGUAAAUUCAAGCCGGAACUACAUCUCGUCACCGGAGAAACCUGGAGUAAGAGGGAAAUUGAAUCAGAAUUGGCUGAGGUUCGGAACGAUCUUGGUGAUAUCGGUCUCGAAACAGAAAACUUUGAACAGGCUUCCGACGAUUACGAAGCAUCUCUCGACAUAUUGAAAAACCUGCUUCCACCUUACUCGCGCAGAGUCUCAGACGGACAUUUGCGCUUAGGCCUUGCACUGGAGUUUCACCCAGACGUUGAACAACGCAAGCAUGCCAAAACUCACAUCGAGCAGGCCGCGAAUGUUCUACGACGGCGUCUUGUGCAAUUAGAACGCGUUCGUUCACACGAAGAUAAGAAACCGUCUGAUGAGUCCGCCAACGACCACCUAUGGGACCUCGACGAAGAUCAACUUCGCCGUGAGAAAAAAGAUAUCGAAGAAAUGCUAAAGGAUCUUGAGCUCAAGCUGGAUGAACUCGCUGCGAAUCCAUCCACUGUCUUAAAAGACGACGGCAAGCCAGUGAACCCCGAACUGGAGAAAGCCAUUAAAGAGGCUUUUCUAGGCGCAACGGAGUCGCUGGCGAGUGACUCGGAGCUGCACGCUCCACCAGCCGACAAGCCAGUCAACGAUCUAAGUACGCGUGUAAAACGCAAGAAGCACUAG